AUGGCUAAAACUCGUCCUCCUGGCUUUGUGAAACGCAAAGAAAAGCGCAAAGCCGAGAAGCUUGAAGAGCUUCAAAAAGGAGCCAAUGCCAACCAGAUUAUUGGCAAUGGAGAAGAGACCACCGGCAAAAAUGUCGAGACUGUUACUAAGAGUCAAGAAAACGAGGCUGAGAAUACCACCAAGAUAGCCACCGAGAAGGCCCUAAAGAACACCAAGGUCAACCAAAAACCCGGCAAGAAAGCCGACAAGAAAGCCAGCAAAAAUGCCAAGACCUCCAGAUGGCUUGCUGAGCCCAGUUCACGAGGGCUAUUAGUUGACUCGGAGGACUUAAUGAUUGAAACUGGUUUGGGUGUCGAGGCAGACGCCCUGGGAAGCGCACUAGAUGCCUCUAAGAAGGCGACGGCCCGCCUAGAGCGGGCCUUAAAAGAAGAGCUGAGCCGGAAGGGAAAGGAGGCAGAGACUUCGCUUGAGGAUUUUGAUAUGGAUAACUAG